CAGAUCAGGGCAAGAGGUUGGAGGGAAUGAGGCUGAAGGGAUGGGCGCUGUGCAAGAUAGCUUUGGCGGGGAGCCGACUUCUUCGGAGAAGAAGCGCGAGCGACAAAAGACUGUGCGAGAAGAGGUGGCGGACGAAACCCGACGCAUGAAGAGGAUGAAAGGACACUCGAAGCCGAUGAUUGGCUGGAAUGAAGGUGAAGUCGGAGAACGUGCCUCGGGAAAGAGGGCGCCAGGCAUGCGUGGCGGACAAGAACAAGGAGUCAAAAAGUGGCAGUCGAAGCAAGAGGGUGCAACAACAAGUAAGAAAGCGAAGAGGCCUGGCGGUUUGACCAUCCGCAAAGGACAAGCUAUGGGUGAAGGAGAUUCGACUCGUCUAGGCAUUGUCGCCGUGAGAGAACCUUCAGAACAGCUGAAGAAGGCGAUGGCCAGAAGAAACCUCGGAGGAGGAAGACUGGUGAGGGGACGAGUGCUGGCGAAAGGGCGGUCAGUAGGCAGUACGACGAAGCGACAGUGUUGUGGCUCGAAUACGAGUGGAACGAUGACGGUGCGAUCGUGGAGAAGAGCUCCCCAUUCAACUGCUCAUCGACCGAGGAGGGUCUGCAACAUCCCGCAGUGUGAAAGAUAUUACAAUCACCGCAGUCUCACUCACGAUGGUGUGGAGGACAUCAAAGGUGCGAUGCUGAGGCAGUUCCACGAAGAAAAAGGGAAGAUCUGGACGAAAAACCCUUUGGUUCUGGCACCCAUCUACAAGCCGGUGACGCAUAAGCCGAAGAGAGCUGAGAGGGUUCACAAGGAUGUCUUCAAGCCAGAGGACAAGGACAAGUACUUCUAUUACCCUAUCAAUGGACAACACACCGUGGCUACUGUGAAGGAGUUGGCCGGUGAGGCGAUAUUCGAAUUGUGGAAGAUGCACUCGUGGCCGACGACGGUCGUGUGGUUCUCCGACGAAGACUUUCGGGGGUAUUUGCAGAAGGCCGCUUUCGAGGACAUGCGAGAGGCAUGGGAAAAUCAAGGAAGGUCGGUGGCCAUUCAAGGGAACCCUUCCGGCAAGGAGGCCAAAAAACAAGCGUUUUUCGAAUUCCAAAAGCUGCUUUUGGGAAAGAGUCUGAACGACGCUCACUGGACGAUGGCACGUAAAGCGACAACGCUCGCCGACAAGGAACACGUCGCUGCCAUUGGCAAUGCAUUGAGGCAAUGGAUGCCGCUCGUGACGGCCGGUGAUGAGGUUUUCCGGAAAGGCAUGGAGUUCUACGACAAAUCGGCCGAGGGAAAGUUGUUGGGCGGAGACGGGAAGACGCCCUUGUCGAAGCCGGGCAAAUACAUGCCAGACAAAUCUCCGGGUCUUCAAUUGAUUCCGGAAAUGGGCGCGAAAGAGGCGGCUGGUGAAACGAAGAUGGGGUGGCUGGGCCGGGUCCCGCCGCCUCCAACCAAAAAGAAAACGCAAUCGUACGACAAGUUUUUCAUCGUCGUGAAGGAGCCAGACACAUUCUGUUGGCAGUCUCUCGGUGACAUGACCGAUGCCGAAAAAUUGUCGAUCCUCGACGAUAUUCUCGCGCUGAGGGGAGUGUUCGUUCAAUCGGCGGGCGGACAUCUAAAACAUCAGCAUAAGCCAGGAAUUGAAGACAUAGUGGCAACGAGGAGAGUGGACCGCAUGAUGCUCCGCAUGUUUCACUACAUCUUGUUCCUCGAAUCUGAGGAGGAAGCAGAGGUUUGGAGGUAUGGGAGCCAGUUUUUUCAGACCAAGGAGCAACUUCUGGCGGAGUUCGCGUCGAGGGGCCUCACGAAACAGGUGUGGGUCGAACUGCAGAAGCAUUUCCACGGCGCGGUGGAGUACGUCAACACUUGCAAACGAUGUCUUCCGUACGAGAAGGAGUCCCUUGACGAAACAAAGAAAAUGUACAAUGACGAGAGGUUCCCUAAAUCUUUCGAGAAGUCCGUCCGCUCCAUCUUGGGACGAACAGAGGAAGAAGUGCAAGACACGAUCAGGGUGAGCGGGGAUGUGAGACACAUCAAAUGGCACAAGAUCAACCGGGUGACCAGCCUUAUUCCUUUCAGUUGUCCACCUUCCCAGGCUCACACUCGUCCUAUUGAGAUCCGCGAGAUUGUGGGACAUUACGUGAGCAACUUGUACGUCCUCGAUUUGUGUGCUCCCACACUCCUCUCAGAUUGGCAAGAAGACGAUUUCGCCUCCUUGCAAGGCGUUCUCCAAACCCUAUCGCCAAGGCACUGGGCACUUGUCGUCUUCUUCCCCUCUCGAUGGGAGCUCAGUUUCUUGAAAGGCAUGGCCAAGCUUACCGUUCAUCACAUCAGGACAGGGAAGUGGGUGCGCCAUGCACAAAGUAAGGGCACUGUUCGGGAAGGCAACAUGCUGGUCGAGGAGUAUGAUCGUUUGUACGUGGUUUUCAAUGGCGCGAACCUGGCAGACAACACGGUCGCAGUCUUCCGGACCAGUAGUCCAUCGAAGCCUUCCCGUGCCAAUGCUCCAAGUCCGUCCAAACCCGCGGCGGUGGCCCGCUCGAAAGUUGCCUGUUCAUCCGACCCGUCACGACAGGCUAUGGCCUGUUUCGACGUCGCAGACGAGGACAAGUUCCCUCGUAGCCAGUGGGAGGACGGCGGCGUUACAAAUGUUCGAGGAACUACUUACGGGAACAGGGAGCGCAAUCCAGCUCAUGUAAUUGGUCUGCUCGAGAACUUUUGCAGAGUUGGGCAAACUGUUCUUUUUUUCGGGAAGGCGCACGCGUCUGCCGUGUGGGAGCUCCUUCGCAGCGGUCGAAACGUCAUUGCGUUAGAGGAUGAGGCGAAGAUGAUCGAUUACCUUUGCGAGUUCGUCAAGACACACGUGGGGGACCCUCGCCACCAUUGUUUUUUUGUCCAGACCACCGGCGAACGGAACUAGGAUCCCAAACGUGAUAUGUAUUCGAAAUUGCCGGAGAAGAAAAUGACGGAGGUUUGGGAGUUCGUUUUCCAGCCAGGACCGC